AUGUCUCUUCACAGACUCCUCCGGAAUGGAUCGGCAACUGUCCACCGUGCUCUGCUUCCGACAAGGAAUUCAAUGAUAUGUAGAGCGCCGCAAGUUGUAAAGGAAAGAACAGCCACUCCACAAUUUCCAUCACAGCUCCGACAUGCGUCAACAGCGAGCGUAUCGGGUGAAGCUCCUGCUCAGGCAGCCUCUCGAACUGGAUUACGAGCAGCCCUCGGCUUUGCGCUACUCUCUAUUACGUAUACACUGGGAGUACUCUACCCACCCGAUCUCUACACCUUAGUCUACCCUCGCGAAGCACCUCCGUCACCAGAGAAGGGUUCCAAAGAAGCGCUCCGGGCCGCAGCAGAGUUAGAGAAACAACUCUGGCAAAUUCCGCUCGUUAGAGAGCUCGCACAAAAGUCGUAUCCUCUCAACGCGGAUACUGUCCCGGCUCAGUUCCUAGGCCCAAAGGACAUUGCUGGUGUGAAUAGCCGGAAGAAUUUGAAUGCCUCGACCACCGACAAUCCGGGGACAGAGGUUCCAACGCAUUAUAUGGUGCGGCCAUAUCUGAACCUGGCCCCCGGGAAGAUGGCCAUCCCCCCUCUCCUCUUCAUCGAAACAAACGAAAAGGCCUUGACUGGUGUUAUCCAUCUCGGUAGGAGCAUCUGUGGACAUGAUGGCAUCGUACAUGGAGGUGCUAUUGCAACAAUGUUCGACGACGCUUUUUUCAGGACAGGAGUCAUGAGCUUUCCGGCUAAAAUUGGAGUGACGGCGUGGCUCAGGAUCGAAUACAAGGCGCCUACGAGGGCAGAUCAAUUUGUAGUGUUCAAGACCAAGGUCGACAAGGCAGAAGGCCGCAAGGUCUUUUUGUCUGGACAUAUGGAAGACUUGGAAGGGAAUCUGCUCGUCAAAGCAGAAGCCCUCUUCGUUCAGCCCAAGUAUGCUCACCUCGUGCAGAGCGAGGAGCGGGCGAAGCAUUAUCUGAAUCGCCCCGCUGCAAUCGCAAACACCGUAGAGCCCGUCUCGGAAAGUUCGGACAUGAAAUGA